UCAAAGCAAUCGAAACCACAAUCAUAUUAUUUUUCUCUAUUUGAUCAGAAAAAUCUCAAAGCUUCUCUGUUUCAUUUUUAAUUAUCCAACGCUUUGCCUGUUUUUUUUUCCAGUUUUCUUCUUUCAGUAAAUCUGCAUUUCAAUUUUUUUUUUUUAAUUCAUUUUGGCAGUAUAAUUCUUAUCUAGAUUACCCUAAUAUCAAUCGUCAAUGGCUCCUCAAAUCAAAGAUGCGCACAUUGUAGAAAUCAAAGUAGACGAAGAGCACCAGAACAAACUCUUAUCUGCCAUGAGCACAAUCUCGACGGCAAUGCAUCAUCACCCACUAAUGGAAAUCUCCGAGAGCCCCGGCCAUCUCUUGCUUCUCAAGCUCUGGCAAAGAGAAGAGGACCUUUUUGGCCGGCGCAUCGCUCUCAAACAAACUAGAUUGGACUCGAUAAAAAGAGAGCUUUUUCAGCUGUGCUGUUUCUUCUUUAUCUUUCAUGGGUUUUUCUUUACCAUUUUGUUUACCUCUUCGGUUAACUCCCAAGAGGAGCAUAAACAGACUUGCAAGAAAUGGUGGAUACCUGGUCUAUUAUCUGUCUCUACCUCGCUUGUCCUUGUGUUCUUCGUCCAGGUGAAACUUUGCAGGUAUUGGAAGGUGUCGAGGCAGUUGCAGAGGGAGAGAAACGAUGGGCGAUCGCUCACGAGGUGCAUUCAGGAACUAAGGAUGAAAGGAGCUAGCUUUGAUUUGUCGAAGGAGCCACAGAGUGGGAAGAGGAUGAAAAGCUCGAGCGUGGAGAUAAAAUGGAAGCCGAUUAAUUGGUGUUCUCGGAAUCUGGUGACCUUAGCUCUUGUUUGCUUUGCAGGUUUGGGGCUUCCGGCUAGCAAGCUCAUCCUCUGCGGCUUCUGAUCGUGGGAAUUGUUUAAUUUAGUGGUCUUCUCUGUCACAGCGUCACGGUUUGGGGCUUCCGGCUAGCAAGCUCAUCCUCUGCGGCUUCUGAAUUCUGAUCGUGGGAAUUGUUUAAUUUAGUGGUCUUCUCUGUCACAGCGUCACGUUUAUGCAGACGGGUGAUCUUGAAGAAUGUAACGCGAAAUAGGUUGAAUUUGACAGCAUCAAAGGUAAAAGAAACAGUCAUCUCGCCCUCGAUAACUUUCAAAUGCGAAACUGCUCCCGUUACAGUACAUAUAUAUUUGGCUGGCCUCUUCUGCAGUAGUUUCGAACAUUUCGUCAAUGUUAGAAGAGAUGGGUGGGUAAUGGCAGAAAUUGAUCUCUUCCAGGGGAUGAAGCAUCUUCGGUCCGAUCGAUAAUUAUGUUUCUACACUCGCUAGAACAAGCAAUUUACGCAAGCGUUGGAGGUUGUGAUUACGUGUCGGCUGAAAAUUGGAAGAAAUUUAUUGGAUUUUUCCCAUCUCUGAUCUGAACUUGGGCUUCCAGUUUUUUACACGAGAGAUGCCUGAUUGUGGGAGUAGGGAGGAUAUAUUUAUUUAUUUGCAAGUGGUAGAAGCAAAUUCAAAAGACCUUGUUUCGAUCGUUUGCCCUGAUCGCUGGAUUCUUUCUAAUACUAGUUUGGUUUGAAUAAGUAAAAAGGAAAAAAUGGCAGCACAUAGGAUAGGAGGAUCUGAUCUUGGCUCCCUCCCAAUGAAGAAGCAACACUGCCUGUGUUGUGUUCUUACUUGUUCUUACUGUAAAAGCUUGUAAAAUAUAUAUUGACUAAAUGAUUUGAGAAAUAUUUGAGCUCA